AUGUCGUCUGGGGGGGACUCACGGGACAUGGACCUUGAUAUGGACACGCGGUCCGAGCCAGGGUUCAUGCCGUCACAACUCAACGACGAUGGCGAGAACUCGGGCAGAGGGGUUGGGGGCGAGACGCCGCUGCCCUCUAUCGACUCGUACCCGUUCCGACUGCGGGGGCAGAAGCUGGUCGUCGUUCCCGGCGAGGGCUCGCUGCUCGACUACUUCGACCUGCCGUCGCCGCCCAAUUCGGUGAUGCUGCACCGGACGCUCAGCCCCUUCCCGACGCCGCCCACGAGCCCCGUGCACCCGGACUCGUCCAUGUCGCCCCACCACAACCGGCUUGCUAGCAGCCCGCUCGCGCUAAACCCCCCGCUGGCCCCCUCCGACUCGUCCCCGCCGACGCAGUCGAUGGCCUCCAUGCCGUCCCACCUCAAUCAGCCAAUGACGCCGCCGCCCAGCAACACCGACGAGUCGUCGUCGUCCUCCGAAUCGUCCCCCGAGCUUGGCUCCCCGCCAGCCGGCGGCCGGCGCGCCCUAAACAGGAGGACCCCCUACUACCCGCCGAACUCGUCGCGCACUGUUGACCGCACCCGCAUCUACAUGAACCGCGGCCCGCAUGCCCUGCCUAACUGGACGCCCCUGACCAGCCUGCCCCGCCACGUGCAGCUGCAGAUCGAGGAUCGCAUGGUCAAGUUCACGGCGCCUUGA